CAGCAAAUAUGAACAAACAAAAUAUAUCAAUAACUGAACCAAUAAAUGCUGUAGACAUUUUGGACAAUCUAUUCGGCUUCGAGGCGGCUCAAAAACGACAAGAGAAUUGUGACUUGUCAACUGAAAAUGCGAAAUCACAUUUUAAGCCCUGGCGCAUUUUCAUCAAUCAUAUUGACAGCUAUCACGGAAAGAUAUUAACUGACAUGCUAUCAGAUACUGUGUAUAUCGAUCCGCUAAAUACACGUGCAGACGAUCCAUCACGUAAAGAAAAUGAAGAAUUUGAGGAUGAAGACAACGAGGAGAUAGAAAAAAGAAAGCAGCUGGGCAAAACAGUAGAAAUUCCAAGAAAAUACGAAAUAAUCGGUACAGUUAGAGAUCGCAAGGUAAUACUCUUCUGUAAAGUUCAAGUUCGAUAACAGAGGUUUCUUGGUAUUUUGAAAUUAAUGGGUUCGCCCUAUC